AUGACGGAUAAGCCAGAGAAACUCUCUGAAAUGCUGCCUGAAAGGGAGGUAAUCCCUGGCGCAUCUGAUAUUCUGACUGCUAACUGCCGUAUCGGCCCCGAGCUGGCCAACAUCCGGCAGACCCUUCAGAACGUCCAGGAACAGACCUAUCACACUCAAUCAAGUGUACAGAAACAGAACAACCAGUCCUGGGCCUCUGUGGUCCGCAACGCGCCUCCCCCGGCCCAUACGACCUCUUCUCACGGCUCCUCCAGCACUGCCCCGGCCACUCCGUCGGAGCUCAGCAAGGACCGCGAGAUUAUCGUUAAGCUACAGGACGCUGGUACAGUGCGCACCUACCGACGUCUUACGGCCUCGGAUAUCAAACAGAGAGCGGAAACAGCAAAACAGAAAGCAUGCGGCCAAACAGGGGCUCUCUCUCUCGCUAAAACGCGUUUUGUAGCUGCUAGACAGCUCAGGUCCGGAGACCUGAACCUUUCACUCCGCUACGCCGCUGAGGCCGAAGCUGCUAGGACCUACGAUCAAUGGGUCAACUACCUGAGCGCGGGGGCCAUGCUACGGCGUCCCUCUUGGGGUAUCGUUGUACAUGGGAUCGCACUUAAAUCAAUUGGAGACCUUACUACCGAUACGGAACAACAACGGGUAGCUAACGAGUUACUCGAGGAAAACAGGGACUGCUGGGUAAGCAAGGAGGCUCAACAGAGUCCCCGAAUUACGCGUAUCGCGUGGCUCACUUACCCGUCCAACCAUAAAAACCAGAAAUCGUCUGUCCUGAUCGUGGAAUUCCUAGAUCCCCGUCACGCCAACGAGACAAUCGCACGAGGCACCAUUUGGGACAGCAUUAUCCAUAAGACAGUAUUAUAUGAUCGGACUGCUCGCAUCCGACGGUACUUUAACUGUCAACAAUAUGGUCACAUAGGAAUUGUCUGUUCGAAUAAAACAACUUGCGGACUCUGUGGGGGCAGUCACGAGACCCGGAACUGCUCUCACAAGUCUACUAACAGCCAGGAGCGCCGCUGUGUAGGGUGUGGAGAAACACACGCUGCCUGGCACAAAGGGUGCUCGAGGUAUGCAACAGAGAUGGACCGGGUUCAAGCCGCGGCAGUGUACCGGCAGGCCUGGCACCGGGUCCCUCCCUACCUGCAGGACUUUCAGUUCUCCGUACGUAGCGGUACGGAGGCCUCCAGCUCGUCUAACAGCGAGAGACGCAGCCAGCCGCACAUAAAUCUCUCAGAGAGGCGUAUAAGAUCCGUUAGCAGACUUGCGAGCGUCCGUAAUCGCUCAACAGUCCGAUUUCAACCGGGAUCUACGCCGCCGCACGCCGGCUCGCAAGAAAUGAUUUCUACAGCCAGUGGACCCUCAGAUAAUAGAAUGGAUUUUGCUGCAGACGGAGUGGAUGCACCUCCGCAACCUGACCGGGAAAAAGCCAGUCAGCAGAGCGAACCAGAGAUGCCUGCCCCAGUGAUCCCGAUGCCUAGAGGUCGCCAUAGACGAAGGAGUGGCAUGCAGAGCGUUACCUCGUCUGAAGGAAUGCGCCGGAGUGCCCGUACCCAGUCCACAAUACGGCAAGAAUUCCUCCGGGAUCCUGCGGUCCUAGAGGCUGACCUCAUCCUUGUGCAAGAACCUUGGGAGAACCCCUACCAGGAUACCACUCACCAUCCUGCCAACGGCUCCCACCAGCUCCUAUACCCGGAUUCGACCGAGGACGUUCAGGAGCUCGAGCUCACUGAUGCUGACGGCCAACAAGUGCGCAUCUUCAACAUCUAUAAUCGACCUGACGAGACAGAUAGCGCUACUCUCGACCUCGUUACCUCUCUAAUUACCCCUACCGGCCCUACCAACAGCUCUACUAACCCCCGUUUGCUCCUGUUGGGCGACUUCAACCUCCACCACCCGGCGUGGGGGGGAGAACGCUCCGAGAGAGACUCCUCGUCCGACCAGUUGCUGGAACUAACGGAUACGAGGUGCCUGGACCUCUGGCUAGAGCCAGGCACUACUACGUGGGAGCGGAACGGAAGCAGAAUCACUAUCGAUCUGGUCCUCGGCUCACAGGACCUGACCCCUAGACUCGUUGCCUGCGAAGUCAACGAACGAGUUCACGCAGAUUCGGAUCACUAUCCCAUACGAACCCUUCUGGAUAUCAGCACUAAAACCCCUGAGGCACAGCGACGAAGGAACUGGAAAGCCUGCAGCGUCAAGGACCUGCAGAGCUUCGUGGACCUCAACCUACAGAGCAAGGCCUUUCCCUUACAAACGAAGCAGCAUAUUGAGCUCGCUAUAGAAUACCUUAUCGAGACGAUCAACCAAGGAAUUGCCGCCUCUACCCCGUGGGCGAAGCCCAGCAAAUGGGCGAACCCUUCAUUCAAUGUGGAAUGCCGCGAAAUGGUCAAGAUCACCCGGAAAUUUCGGCGUGAGUACACGGAAUCAGUUAUUAUGAACGGCCCUACCGACCCUACUACGGGCCUCCGGUGGGAGCGCUACACCAAAGUCAGAAACCGCAAAGGAAAGGUAUUGGCUAAGGCACUGCGCCAGGGCUACCGUUCCUGGAUCCGCAAGGCUACCGAAUCAGGCCCUCAAGGCAUGUGGAGGGCGGCUAAGUGGGCGAGGAACAAAGAGGCCCGCGAAGGCCUUAUACUGACGCUAAAGACGGAUGACGGGCUCGCAGAGACCGCAGAACAGAAAAUCGAUUUCCCGGACCUUACCGAGCACGAGGUGCUCCGCUGUAUCAGGCGGGCGCCUCCCGAUAAAGCACCAGGGCCGGAUAGUAUCCCUAACAAGGUCUGGCACUGGCUGGGUGAGGUCUCCUCUUUCCUCACUGUACUAACGCAGAUAUUUAACGCGUGCCUACGUCUUGGGCACAACCCGGAAUACUUUCAGCAAUCGACUACUGUAGUACUGCGUAAAGCAGCCCCUCGGGACUAUCGCCUCGCCAAAUCCUACCGACCUAUAGCGCUCCUGAAUACCCUUGGUAAGAUCCUGGAGGCCGUAGCUACAGUACGGAUCGCCUGGGCCCUGGAAGAGCGUAAUCUCCUACCUAGGAGCCAUCUAGGGGGCCGCAGGGGCAUCUCAGUCGACCACCUGAUCCAGUUGCUCCUUGACCAGAUCUUUGAGAGCUGGGGCAAGGGCCGGAAAGUCAGUAUAUUGCUUCUAGAUGUAGCUGGCGCAUUCGAUAACGUCUCGCAUAUACGGCUCCUCCACAAUCUACGUAUGAUGGGGCUCGGCUUCUUCGCCGGAUGGCUCAAAUCCUUCUUAUCGAGCCGUUCUACAAGGCUGCAGCUCCCCGGAUAUCUCAGCAACCUUAUUUUAACCCCUACCGGGAUCCCACAGGGGUCCCCUAUAUCGCCGAUCCUAUUCCUCCUAUUUAAUACCCCCCUCAUUCGCGCCCUAUCGAUCGACGGUAUUGAGGCCCUUCGGAUUCAGCCACCCCUUCUAGAGGGAGGCAAGACGGUUUCCUACGGGUGGAUUGACGAUGUUGCCACCCUGGCCAUCUCGGAUAGCUACGCGGUCAACCAGCGCCUUCUAGAGAGGGCCCUGGGUAAGGCCGCGGUAUGGUCAAGGCAGCAUUCGUCCAAAUUCGCCCCCGAUAAGUUCGAACUCAUUCAUUUCAAGAAUCCGUUUCGCCCUGAUCCUGCGGUAGAACGACCCGUAUCGCAGGAAUAUAUAUAUACUGGCCCGUGGCAGGGGGAGGACCCAGAGGUUGACAACUGGGAUCCCCCAGUGGAACCCCCUGGUCACGACCAGCUGCCCAUCAAGGACCAUGCAACCGGCUUUAUCAUCAAGCCAGUGGAGCAAGCCAAAUACUUAGGAAUCUGGCUCGAUAGGACCCUUUCGUUUGACACUCACAGGGCCAAGGCCCUCGCUAAGGCGAACGGGACCUUGGAAGCCCUCCGCAGCAUCUCAGGCUCGACCUGGGGGACCUCCCUGCUGAGCAUGCGCCGCAUUUACUUGGCAGUGGUAGUCCCCCAGCUACUCUACGGGGCGGCUGCAUGGUAUAGCCCUACGAGCCGGACGGUCAGUUCCAAGAAGCUCCAGAAGACAGUCAAUGAAUUCCAGAGGAUUCAAACCCGCGCAGCUGUUCUUAUCAGUGGCGCGUUUCGUAAUACGGCCUCCGCCGCGCUGGGGAUGGAGCUUUAUCUCCCCCCUAUGCGAAUACAGAUGCAACAAAAUAUUCAGGAGGCAACUAUUCGGAUCCAAACCGGGCCCGCCACAGCCUGCCCCCGGGGGCUGCGCUGGAAAAGGUCGAAAGAAGCAUUUAAGGCCUCCGGAUACUCUCCGAUGGAGGCGCUGAAGUGGAAGAAAACAGGCCCACUAUAUGCACACGGCGACAGGCAAGAGGAGUGGGAGACCAGACGGGCUCAUGUAUUGGCCCCGUGGGAGUUGCCCCUGAGGUGCAUCAUUGAGGGGGCAGAGGAGGCAGUUCAGACCCACGAUAGGGUCUGCCGCGAGGACCGGCAGAUCUGGUAUACAGACGGAAACGGCUACCAGGGGAUGAUCAGAGCUGCCGCAGUCUCUAUUCGAGCAGGAAGGACCGCCAGGAAGCACCUAGGAACGGAACUGGAUUCUACAGUCUAUGUGGGGGAGUUAGAAGGGGCCCGGAUGGCCCUGGAUCGGGCGAAGCCUAUUCCGGUUACGGUCUUCUCAGAUAGCCAGGCAGCUAUUCAAGCCGUGCGCAACCCUGGCCGGCUAUCGGGCCAGUACGCACUGCAGGCUAUCUACGGGAGGAUCAGGGCCCUGCGGAGCGAGGGCCUGAAGGAUGCUGAACUGCGUUGGAUCCCCGCUCACAUCGGGGUAAAAGUAAACGAAAAGGCGGACAAGGCAGCCAAGGAGGCUGCGAUAAGAGGACUUGAAUCAAGCUUAAUGAGGCCGCGGGAUCGACCGAUUAUACGGCUCGCAGCUACAGCUAAAAGAGAUAUUCGCCAACGUUUACGUACGGAGUGGGCAAAACAGUGGGAAAGGCAGAAAAUAGGCAGGCCGACGAGGCGGCUACUACCUAAGCCAGACAAGACGAACCUACGGCUCUACGAGCAUCUCAGCAAGCUGCACAUCUCGAUCAUUAUUCAGAUGCGCACUAUGAGGAUAGGAUUAAGGCACUUCCUCUACAAGAUUAAACAGGUCGACUCCGACCGGUGCGCCUGUGACCUAGGGUUCCAGACCCCUAGGCACGUCCUUCUGGAGUGCUCGCCGCAUACGGCCGGCCGGAGGAUAAUGAUGGAUCACCUCAAUCAGAUAGAGGGACUGCGUGGGCGUACACAGGAUUACGAUGCAGUUAUGGCACACCCACAGGCGAUCCGCUACGUCGCCCAAUUUAUGCAUCAAACAGGCCUCCUCCAACAAUUCCGAUUCGCUCAACUGGACGAGGAGGACGACGAGGAGGCUCCAGAACCUACCAACCUGCUAGAAGGACUCGAACUAGGCGAGGAAGACGAUGGUUACAUGGAACUUUAG